CGAAAGAGGGGAAAGCAAACAAUUUUCAGGCCCGCCGCGUCUAGCAAAAAAUAUGAGAAAAAAAUUAUUAAAAAUUCGGAAAAUAGUUGAAAGUGAAGAAAACCCCAACAGAAAGAAUGUUAAAGCGACCAGGGCCCCUGGGUCCGGCAAGUGUUGAGCACAUAAAACUGGAUAGAAUAACUGCAUCAGCACCAUUUGGGCACUGCACCCCUGUCCAUGUAGCUGGUCAGCCUUAGAGUGCCAUGGCCACGGGAACCCAGGGCCACCGUGACCACAUUCUGGAGAAAGCCAAGAUUGCCCCACCCACAGGGAGGCGCAGGAGAGCAGAGGGGAAGCUGAAAAAGAAUUUCCCUUGCCAGGAGUGUCAGAAAGCUUUCAACAGUCUGGAGAAGUUGAAGGUGCACUCGUACUCUCACACAGGAGAAAGACCCUACUGCUGCUCACAUCCCGACUGCACCAAGGCUUUUGUCUCCAAAUACAAGCUGCUACGGCAUAUGGCAACUCACUCACCAGAAAAAAUCCACAAGUGUUCAUACUGUGAGAAAAUGUUCCACCGCAAGGAUCACUUAAAGAAUCACCUACACACUCAUGACCCAUACAAGGAGGCAUUCACCUGUCAGGAGUGUGGCAAGAGCUACAACACCAAGCUUGGCUUCAAACGCCACCUUGCCCUCCACGCUGCCAACAGUGGAGACCUCACAUGCCAAGUGUGCCUGCAGCCAUUCCCCAGCACUGGGGUUCUUCUGGAACACCUCAAAACACAUGCUGGCAAGUCCUCUGGUGGAACCAAAGAGAAAAAGCAUCGCUGCGAGCAUUGUGAGCGGCGAUUUUACACCCGUAAAGAUGUGCGACGACAUAUGGUGGUUCAUACCGGACGUAAGGACUUCCUUUGUCAGUACUGUGCCCAGCGCUUUGGUAGGAAGGACCACCUGACACGUCACGUGAAAAAGAGCCAUGCUCGGGAGCUGCUGAGGGUAAAAACUGAGCCAGCCGAUUUGCUGGAGCCCGUAGUCUACAACUUAGCGCCUGGGGGCAUCAAGGGCGAGCUCCCGGCAAUGUUGACACCAAGGCUGCAUCAGCUCAACAUGUGCACAGGGCCUGUCCUGGACACAGAGCCUUUUCCCACUCCCACAAAUCCCUUUUCUUUUAAGUACCCACUGGGCUCCAACUUUACCUCAUACACCGUCUCCUCACAGGAGCGAGAGCAGAAUCUAAAGGGAGAACUGGAGACCUACCUGAUGGAGCUGCAGAGCAGCAUGCCCUCCUCAUCCUCUGCAGCCCAAGAACCACAACUCUCCUCCUCAAAACUUGAGUUGGAGCCUCAAGUGGGCUUGGUGGAGGAAGCAAGCGAGGGGGUGUCCAUGUCCAAAAUGUCCUCACCGAUGGCAGCAGCCACCACAGGUGACUCUUUGGCCUCUUCCUCCUCUCUGAUGGACUUCUCACAGCUUUUCAAUUUCCUGCCACUCAAUGGGCCCCCGUACAACCAGGCAGGGGGCAGCGGGGUAGAGGGUGUCACCUAUCCACCGAGUGAAGAGCCCACAACUCUUGUCCAGCUGCCUUCCCAGCCUCCCGAAGGCCCAGUGGCCUCAGAGAGUCCACUUCAAAGGCUCCCCUCCUCCUUCAUAUCCAACCCAUCAACCACACUGCCCCGCUUCCACCAAGCUUUUCAGUGAUCCAGUAUGUACUGCGCUUAGCACACAUGCACUCUAACACCAACAUUCUGACACACGUGUUGAGCUACACAGCCUCCCCAGCAAGAACCAAAACAACAUGCUAGUAAAAGUUUUAAAGAUAUUAGCACUUCUGGCCAUUUAUUAUGACGACAUGAGCAACACACACACACACACACACACACACACACACACACACUUGGCUUCAUCAGCUGUGCUACUUUCGGGAUGUAUUCCUUUCAUCUUUUUAUUGAUGAGUUGCCAAAUCUUCACCACAACUUUGUUACUCCCUAAUGACAUGUUCACAUAAUACCAAUAAAUGAUCCUCUUGUGUUGUGUGGAUAUGCAAAUACAAUAUCUAAACUCUAGUUUCUUGCCAUUUGCAAGUUUUAUAACCUAACAUAAUCGGUUGCAAAUACCAAGAGAAUUUACUGUUUCAAAGACCUGCAAGUUUCAAUAUCCAUAAACAUUUUGAAUCGUAGUGUAGGCUUGUAAAAUUCAGCCGUGAGCAGUGCUCAUAAAUGUCAAUACAGCUCAAGUUCUCAGUUUUGGUGCAGCACUGCUCUGUGCACUGCAUCGCAGACAAAAACACAUCACAUACACAUUAAUGGAGCAAAAACUCCUCACAAUAAUGUGGACAUGAAUUAGUCUUUUUGGAAGUUUGAAAUUGUUUAAAUAGAUGAAUGCUAAUAGUAAUUUCAUUGCAGUGACAUUGAUUUAUUGAUUUUUGUCUGUAACAUUGCUGUAAUGUAUGCGUGUAACAGCUGCAUUAGGCAGUUCAAUGGUGUCACCUUGUCAGCAGAAGCAGACCUAAUGUUCACUCCCCUGGAUUACACAACCAGACUUCAAGUCUCCACAAGUUUAUUUCCCAUACAUAGUGAAAUUAUAGGACACCUACAACUUCCUGCAAAUUUAGGGAAAAGCGAUAGAAACAUUUCAAACAUGCUAUAGGAAUUAAAUAAAGUAUAUGUGAAAUCGGCGAAAACAUGCAAAAACAUCAGUCUGGUCUUUAUGUUAAAUCUAUAAAGCUGAAGUUCAUUCACAUAGUUAUAGGCACAGAGCUGAGUAGUAACUACUGAGCAACUGCAUUACAGUUUUACAGUUCAUUUUGGUAGUUUGUUGAUUUUCUAGUCAAAAUGUAUGUUAUUCUCCAGCUGUGGGGAUGUUAAAUGAAAGCUGAAUGUGUUUUGGAGUUUCUUAGUUAACCCCUAAUCCCAAACCAAAGUCAACCAAACACAUUACUGAUGUUAAGGUAGCAUCAGUGUAUUUUAACAUAGAGACUCAAUUAAGACCAUUCACCAAUUCCGUUCACACAGCAUCCUCAGUGGUAGAGUUAAGUUCAGCCAUGUAUCUGGAUUAACAGGCACCAGUUUCCAUGUAGAAAACUAAACUGUGACACACCAACACACAGCCAUUUACUGUUUAUGGGCCUCACCCAGUCAGCUAGCUGAAAUGAUCCAUGUAAAACACCCUCCAGAGUGGAGUUCUCUUUACUACAGGCUCAGUGUGCACUUUGCUGAUGGUUUUGAACAUGGCUGCUGAAAUGUCCCACUCUUCCUGUGCUAGUGUCAUUGUGCCUUCUUUAUCAGAGUUAUAAAAAAGUAUUAUACGAAACGUCAAACUUCUAAGAAGUGUAGUUAAAUCAUCUUGCUUGUAACUGCUGACUGACCAAUUUUUUUUUUCCAUUGUGGAUCAUAUGCAAAGAUCUAGAAUGCUGAUUUUACAUCUGCAAGACAUUAACUUUUAAGUUUGUAUAUGCUAGUACCGUUGUAUUUUAUUUAUCAUAAAAGGUCACUGCGAGGGUGGUAUGCAAAAGUGAACCAUUAAAAUUCGGAAUUAUUGGUAUGGAUAUGAGAGCUGAAUCUAACACUUGGGCCUCUAGCUUCCCAGCGCGGCGCAGGGUGGCACAGGGUGGCGAACCCCGUGCAGAGCUAGUUUUGAGCAGCGCAACCCGAGGCGCGCUCAGUUUGGUACUUUGGCAGACCGAGGUGCGCUGAGAUGGGUGUGGCGGCGCAGCAGGGGGAGGUGUCGACAGAUCCAGCUUGGUGCAGUGACAGUUUCGUGCCGAAAGGCUUCGCUGAAGGUGCGCUAAAAGCUCGCCAGCUGAAACCAGGUCUACUGUCAGCGCAGGGGGAGCGCAGCUGGUGUAGGGGAAUUUUGGCUGACCAGUGCGCACACGUCACCAAAACCUCACAGGCAGGUUUCCAGCAAUACGCAAUAAAUACAAACGCAAUAAAUUCCCACAAAAAACACUAUUCAAUGCAACUAUCUGCAAUCAGCACAUAAAUGUAUCUCUAUAUCGACUGUCCCAUCACAUCUGAUGUCAGAUCAAAGGGGAUUGUCACUGUUUGGCACGUUUGGCACGCGUUAUGGAAACCCAACCUGAUUUGAUUAACAUAGCUGCAAACUAAUGAGUUCCAUCACUCUCAGCCAACCACAAACAGCCACAGCAUCAGAUACGGAAUAUAUAUUCAGCAUCUGUCAUCUUAGAAAAGUCAAAAGAAAAGAAACAGAGUGAGACUGCGAGAGAGAAAGAGCGCGCAUGCACGAGAGAAACGCAACAUUGAUUUACAAUUGUGGUGACCUUCUCCCAGGCUACCUUUGCAUCAAUAGCCCGUGGAGGUCUGCUCGCAGUUCCGUAUAUGCGGACACUGCGAGCUUGGACCUCCCGGACCAAAACAUCAGUUUCCUCCAUGGCAAAUUGAGUAAACUCUCAUUACGCCUUCGAGCGGCGCAUUUAAGGGCUAGGAGAGGGGCUCAUUUGAUUGGUGUGAUGUGAAUCGGAUGUGUAAAACCCACUCCAUGCCUUCCCUCCUCCCUCUUUCCGACUUGCUCAGGUAGGAGGGACGGAGGUGGGAAAGAGGAGUCGCUGCACCAGCACGCACGGUGUGCCAAACUUGCAAAAUCCACCUGGCCACACCCAGUUGACGAAGCGCAGGUACGCUGCGCCUCCACCUCGCCUGGUCUGCGAAACUAGAGGCCUUGUUCUUUAAAAAAAAAAAACGCAAAAAUGUCUGUAGCUUAAUUCAUAUUCUCACCAGACCCCUUUGGACUGACUUUAAAAAAUAACAACCUCUGCCUAGUAUUUCACAAAUAAUAAAGCAUAUAUUCAACUAUUCAAAUAUAUCUUAAAGUCCCAGUCAAAAGUCUGGACUCACUUCAAAUCUUAGCUCCAUGUUAAGUUAUCUUGACAGUGUGCUUUUGUCUGCUAACACGUAGCCCAUAGAAUUUUAGAAUACAUAUCAUCAAACAUCGCUACACUAAAGAGUUAAAAAAAAAUUGUUUUGUUUUUUGAGAUGGCUGGUAAACACACCUCUCCACCUCUCAAAUUAACAACAGAAAAUGCAGUGGAAAGGCCAAGAAGCUGUCUGUGGACUACUUGAUGGAGAGUACUUUAAUGCUAAAUCCCCAAAAUAUAAAAAAUAUUUAGAAGAUAUUUGAGCUAAUACACUAAAAUAAGCUGCUUAUCUGAGAGUAAUCUGGAACCAAAGUACACUGUUCACAAUGCUAAAAGAAAUGGCUACAAGACAUUUAGGCCUCUAGUUUCCCGGCGCAGCGCAGGGUGGCACAGGGUGGCAAACCCUGCGCAGAGCUAGUUUUGUGUAGUGCAACCCGAGGCGCGCUCAGUUUGGUACUUUGGCAGACCGAGGUGCGCUGAGAUGGGUGUGGCGGCGCAGCAGGGGGAGGUGUUGACAGAUCCAGCUUGGUGCAGUGACAGUUUCGUGCCAAAAGGCUUCGCUGAAGGUGCGCUAAAAGCUCGCCAGCUGAAACCAGGUCUACUGUCAGUGCAGGGGGAGUGCAGCCGGUGUAGUGGGAGUUUGGCUGACCAGCAGACAGUGCACACACGCGACCAAAACCUCACAGGCAGGUUUCCAGAAUGUCAGGCACAUUAACGAUGCAAUAAAUACCCACAAAAACCACUUUUCAAUGCAACUAUCUGCAAUCAGCACAUAAAUGUAUCUCUAUAUUGACUGUCCCGUCACAUCUGAUGUCAGAUCAAAGGGGAUUGGCACCGUUUGGCAUGUUUCGCACGCGUAAUGGAAACCCAACACGCAGCUGCAAACUAUGAGCUCACAUCACUCUCAGCCAACCACAAACAGCCACAGCAUCAGAUAGGGAGUAUAUAUUCAGCAUCUGUCAUCUUAGAAAAGUCAAAAGAAAAGAAACAGAGUGAGACUGCGAGAGAGAAAGAGAGAGCGCGCGCACAUGAGAGAAACGCAACAUUGAUUUACAAUUGCGGUGACCUCCUCCAGGCUACCUUUGCAUCAUCAGCCUGUGGAAGUCCCAGACCAAAACAUCAGUUUCCUCCUGGGAGAAGUUUGGCCGUCUGACGCUGCUGCGCUGUUCUGCCAUGGCGAAUUCAGUAAACUCUAAUUAGGCCUUCGCAUGGCGCAUUUAAGGGCUAGGAGAGGGGCACAUUUGAUUGGUGUGAUGUGAAUCGGCCGUGUAAAACCCACUCCAAGCCUUCUCUCCUCCCUCUUUCCAACUUGCGCAGGUAGGAGGGACGGAGGUGGGAAAGAGGAGUCGCUGCGCCAGCGCGCAUGGUAUGCCAAACUUGCAAAUCUGCCUGGCCACACCCAGUUGGCGAAGUGCAGGUGCGCUGCGCCUCCACCUCGCCUGGUCUGCAAAACUAGAGGCCUUAGUCACUUCUGUCAGUCUGCUUUUUGAUUUCUUAUUUCCAUGAAGUAGAAAUUACAAAAUAAUAUUUUUUUAAAUUCCAAAUGCAUAUUUUAAAUGCAUAUAUUAGUAAUAAUUCCCAUUCCCGAGUAGAAGUAUAAAAUAUGCAGUAUAUGUGUGAAUAUGUAUUCAUGUUGGACAAUAUAGAACUCCUCAUAGUCCAUGAAGUCAAUAAAACAUUUUGUAAUACUCCAAAUAUUGCUGCUAUUGAGUAAUUUAGCCAAACUAUUCAGAAUCUUUUAAGAAAAUCUUUUUAUGGGUGACUGUGCCAUAGGGGUGUAAUGUUACACAAAAUCACGGU